AUGGGAGUGUUUUUCAAUGUCAUUAGACCAAUUGUUAGUCUUAUUCCAACAAUCAAUGAACCAACUAAAAAGAUUGGAUUUAAAGAAAAAUUGAUGUGGACAGGAAUCACAUUAUUAGUGUUUCUUGUUUGUAGUCAAAUUCCAUUAAUUGGAACAGACAUUGUAGGAAAUGAUCCAUUUUAUUGGAUGCGUUUAGUUAUGGCAUCAAAUAGAGGAUCAUUAAUGGAGCUUGGAAUUUCACCAAUUGUUACAGCUUCAAUGGUAAUGCAACUUCUUCAAGGAGCUAAAAUUAUUUCAGUUGAUAUGGAUAAUCAAGAAGAAAGUGAAUUAUUUGAAGCAUCACAAAAAUUAUUUGGACUUCUUAUGACUCUUGGACAAGGAAUUGCUUAUAUUAUGUCAGGAAUGUAUGGAGAUCCAUCAGAACUUGGAUUUUUCAAUUGUUGUUUAAUUCUUCUUCAAUUAUUUGUUGCAGGAUUAAUAGUUCUUCUUCUUGAUGAAUUACUUUCAAAUGGAUAUGGAUUUGGAUCAGCUAUUUCAUUAUUCAUUGCUACUAAUAUUUGUGAAUCAAUUGUAUGGUCUGCAUUCUCCCCACUUACUACUAGACAAAUGUAUCCAGUUGGUGGACUUUGUUAUUAUCUUACUGCUCCAAACAGUCUUUUUGAAUUAGUUCAAAACCCAAUUCAUGGAGUUAUUAGUAUUGGAUUGACUGUAUUCAUGUGUACUAUCUUCUCACGUGAAUGGAUUAAAGUCUCUGGAAGUUCUUCUGCUGAUGUUAAAAAACAACUCGCUGACCAACGUGUUUCUAUUAGAGGAUUCCGUGACGGUGAAAGUUCUGUUUAUCUUCUUGAUAAGUAUAUCCCAAUUGCUGCUUCAUUUGGUGGUAUGUGCAUUUCUCUUCUUUCUGUUGGUGCUGAUUUACUUGGUGCUGUUGGUUCAGGAACUGGUAUUCUUCUUGCUGCAACUACUAUUUCUGAAUAUGCUAAUACCUUCCAAAAAGAAUGGAAACGUGAAAUGGGAGCUGAUUUUGCUUUCUAA